AAGUUCCUGAUAUAUUGGAGAUGGAAAGAUAAAGAACUGGAUAUAAGAGCCGGUCCUUGGCAGCUCAGAACAAACCUGAAGAUUCAGACUGAAACUGAAGAUCGUUCUGCUGCAGGUGAGAAUCAUCAUGACUCUGACUCUGCUUCUUGUUGCCGUGAUGGCUCUGACCAGAGCUGCUGAUGCUGCAAAACAGACAGAAGCUGAAGAAGUGAAUGUCGUUGAAAAGAGAGGAUGGCUUUGUUCUUCUGGAUGGACUUGGUACGAUUGGCGCUGUUUUCGUUUUGUUCCAAGACCUUUGACCUGGUCCGACGCUGAGGAAAACUGUAGGUCCAUGAAGGCGCACCUUGCAUCUGUAAAUAGUGCUGAGGAGUACCAUCACAUCCAGAAGAUGAUAGCAGAUCAGACCCACAAUUAUCCUAAAACAUGGCUCGGAGGCACUGACAGUAAACAGGAGAGGAGAUGGCUUUGGGCUGAUGGUUCACGUUUCUUGUUUAAAUACUGGUGCCACAGACAGCCAAACAACCUUGGCAACCAGGAUUGCCUUGUAAUGAAUUUCUCAGGAAAGAAAUGCUGGGAUGAUCAGAAGUGCGACAAUAAGAAUCCAUCUGUCUGCGUCAAGAGCUGGUCAUUAUUCGACUGAUCCAAAAACAUCAAGCAUCUACGCAAAAAUCAGCGUAUUGCAAAUUUAUUCUGUCUUUAUUUCUCUGUUGUUGCUGUAAUGCUGCAUGAAAUGUGAAUCAACAAUUGACAUAGUUGAAUGUCACUUAGGUCCUGUACCUUUAACUCUUAAAACUCCAAGCCUUUUUUUUUUUU